AUGGAGUGCUAUGCCUCAGAAGUCGGGUGUGUGCGGCUCUUCGUCGGCGGCACCUACGGUGGAGGCGUCAUCGUUCCCGCGAUGGAUUAUUCGCAGGUGAACAAGACCCAGUGGCAGCCCGACGAGUGCCUCCGCCUGCGGGUGUUCGGACAGCCACCUGUGGGUGAUGACAUCGCCUACACGGAGACAGGUGGAGGUAGCAUGCCCGGCCACGAGCAGCGGAUGAACACCUUCUGCCGCGUGGCCAGCUUUCCUGGCCUUGGCUAA